CUUACACCACGCACAGCUCGGCUUGGCAACAGCAUACAUACACCCUUGUCUGGCCACCCCACCCCCGCCAUCGGCGAAAUGUAUGGCGGAGCAGGCGGCGUCAGCGGCGCUCCCUAUGGGGGCCACGCCGGCCCCGGCGGCGGGUUCCAGCAGCAGCAGCAGCAGGUGCAGCAGAUGCAGCAGAUGCAGCAACCCGUGCAGACGGGCAUGCUGUCGCAGAUGACUGGCAUGAUCCCCCAGAUGACUGGCAUGAUCCCCCAGAUGACUGGCAUACCGAUGGGAAUUGGAAUGGGCAUGCGUGGCGGUAUUGGGGGCUUUGGAAGCGCUGGAGGACUUGCACCGCAACAGACCGGCUACAUGAGCGGCCCAGCUCAGCAGAGGCUUGGCGUACCACCCAUGGGCAUGGGUGGCGGUCUUUCCUCUCGCAUUGGUUCCGCCGGAGGACAAGGCGGCAUGCUUCAACCGCAGGUUACCAGCUUCUACGGUGGCGGCGGCGGAGGAGGCGGCGUUAUGCCGCAGAUGACCGGCAUGCCCAUCUCUGACCCACGCCUGCAGCUCAUGUCGGCCCAGUUUGCACCAGCGCUCCAGCCCUACUCUGGCGGGUACGCCUCACCGUCCAACAUGAACUUCUCACAGCAGUCUAUGCAGCCCGCCACGUUUCAGUCCACCAUACAGAACCUCUCGCGGCAGCAGCAGGGCACAAAUGAGCCCAAGAUUCCCUGGGCGCUCAGCAAGGAUGAGAAGCGCAGCUACGACAAGGUCUUCCGUGCCUGGGACCAAAAGGGUACUGGCUUCCUCGACGGAGACGUCGCUCGAGAGGUCUUUGGGCAGAGUGGUCUCGACACCGACCGCCUCAUGCAGAUCUGGCACCUGUCCGACACCAACAACCGCGGCAAGCUCAAUCUGGCCGAGUUCCACGUCGCUAUGGGUCUCAUCUACAGAGCACUCAACGGCAACGACAUUCCGCAAGAACUUCCCCCAGAGAUGUUGCCAGCGUCCGCCAAGGACCUGAACGACUCCGUCGACUUUCUCAAAGACCUACUCAAGAAAGACUCGUCCGUUCGCAACGCAACUGCGCUCAACCUCCCCGAAUCUGGCACCAACGCCAACGCCGCCUACGUCAAAGUCCGCUCCUUCCACCAGAACCCCAUCGACAGGCAGGGUAACAAUUAUACCGGCAGUAGCAGCGGAAGCGGCCCGCGCGGUGUAGGUGACGCGGCAGCCUUCAAAAACGAUGACACGGACGUCGGCUUGACGUACAGAUCCAGCUCGCGGCACAUUGACCGCAAGGCGGUCCGCUACGAGGGCCAGAGCGCUGCGGACGACCUAAGCGAGAUGAAGCGGCAGCUUGCCAACACGCAAAAGAUGCUUGACAGCCAAGCCGGCGACGACGAGGAGGAGCUGGACCAGCGCGAGCUGCAGCGCGAGAUGGACGACCUCCGCUACCAGAUCCGACGCGUGCAGGACGACAUUGAGUACUACAACCGCCGCCCUGGUCCGCAAAGCUCGGACAACCGCCGCAAGGCGGAGCGCGAGCUGAUGCACCUUCAGCACGAGCGCCUCCCCCAGCUCGAGAAGCGCAUCGAGGAGACCGAGCAGCGCAAACGCGCGCGCGAGAGGGAGCAGAGCGACGCGCGCAACCGCAGGAACGAGUUCUCGUCCGCUGCUGCUGCUACCAACAGUAGCAGCAGCAAGUACGGAAGUGAAUUCGAGGCUUUUUCACUUUCUGCCAGCUCUGCGCGUGUCGCGGAGGAUCACGAGAUCAAAAGAACGUAUGAGCGCAAAAGCUACAGGGAUACCGCUCCGCCGCCUCCGCAGCCACCACCUACGGAGUCAACAGCAGGCGCAGCUACGUCUGCUUCGGCGCCUCCGCCGCCUCCACUGCCGGCAGCAGCAGCAGCGCCAGCAACGAGCAUCAGCACCCCCCCGCCAAACCUGUCGGGCCCGGAGCGCGCCGCAUGGUUGCGCGAGCAGGCGCAGAAAAAGGUACAGGAGCGCAUGCGUGCGCUCGGCCUAGGCGCACCGUUGCCCGUGCCCGCUGCCGCCGCCGGUGUCGAUACGACGGUCGAGGAGCGCCUCAAGAUGGAGCGCGCCGAGGCUGAGGCGCGCAGCGCGCAGGCGGACCGCGAGGCGGCUGCGCGCGACGAGGCGCGACGCGUGCGCCUCGAGGAGCAGAAGCUUGAGCGCGAGAAGCAUGCAGUCGCGGUCGUCAAGCAGGAGAUCGCCAGCUCUGAGCGCAGCACGCACCAGCCGCCACUGGCCUCCAACACCACGCAACACGAGCAGGUUGAUGAGGAUGAGGAGAUGUUGCGCAACCGCGAGGAGGCUAUCGCCAAGCAGAAGGCAGAGCGGCUCGCGCGUAUCAAGCGGCUCGAGGAAGAGGAGGAGGAGAUCAAGCGGCAGGAAGAGUCGUUCAAGAAGAAACAGGAACUGUUCAAGCAACAGCAGCAGCCUUCUUCGACUUUCUCUGCGCUGCCCCCGCCCGCUCGCAAGCUGGUCAAGAGUGCUGCACCGCCUGCGCCACCGACAAGGUCCAGGGCCCCACCCACGCUUGCUGCGCCUGCCGCCCCUGCACCCAGCCUUCCUGCUGGCUCGGCGCCGCCGCCUGGUGCUGGUGGUGGUACCAAUCCAUUCCAUCGCAUGCAGGCUGCCGGCAGCAGCCCCGCAAGUUCUAACGCUGCUUUGCCGACGCUGACUCCAACCGGCGGUGCCGGCAACACUGGCAACAGUACUAACCCUUUCUUGCGCAGUCAGCAGGCUGGCUCUACUGCUGCCGCCGACACGCCGCACUUCCUGAGCAAUGACUUACCUGCCGCUCAGCGCUCCCUCCCGCCCACUGUGGCGUCCUUGCCUGCAAGCAGCAGUGCCGGAGUCAAUGUCGCCGUUGCCAAGAGUGCCACCGCCCCUGAUGACGACUGGGGUGAUUCGGACAAGGAUGACGACGAUGACGACGACGAUAAUGGCCCAGGAAGUAGCACGCGUGCCAAACGCUCGGCACUCGCGCAGCAACUCUUCAGCGGCCUUACACCUACCACAACGGGCAAGUCGACACCGCCUGCUUCUGCCACCCCCACCCGCAGCGAGACGCCCACUGCGGCUCCGGCUCCGCCAGCUGCGCCAGCGCCACCUGCUGCGCCCGCGGCUCCCGCUGCCCCGCCUGCAAUGGCUGCAGCCCCGGUAGGGACGUCUGCAGAUCGCGGGGCGCUCCUUUCGCAGAUUCAAGGUGGUCUCAAGCUGAAAAAGACACAGACCGUUGACAAGAGCAAAGUUCUCGCUACUGGUAAAGUCCUCAGCGAUCUGAGUUCACCUGGGCAGACAUUCGUCCCUCCGCCUUCCCCGCCGCCUUCUGCCAUGUCUGUACCUGUGACGCUACCGGCGGAAAGCCCGUCGUCCGAUGAGCUUGCUUUCAACCCCAACAGGCAGAGCGUCGACUGGGCGGGUCAGAUGGCGCAUGACCAGAUCAACGGCAACAAGGCGAGCCAGGCACCUGUCCAGCCGUCUGUCAUCGAGGAGGCGGAGGACAGUGGCGAGGAGGGGGGCCCCGAGGAUGUGGAUGGUGGCUACAAGUCCUUCAACGGCAAUGACCACGGCAAUGGAAAUGGAAAUGCCACGGCUGAGUAUGCAGCAGAAGCAGCAGCGCGCGGGGAUGAGCUUGAAGACUAUGAUCUCACCACAUCCUUGCGUGUGCGCGCGCUGUACACCUACGAGGGCCAAAGGGCAGAAGAUCUCUCGCUCCAAGAGAACGAUGUAAUCAAUGCACACCCGGCCAAAGCGGACGACAGCGAUUGGUGGUACGGAUCUCUGGCGUCCAACCCUGCCAGCAAGGGUCUAUUCCCCAAGACAUAUAUCCAAGUGUUGUCAAAUCUACAACGCGCAAAGGCUCUGUACGACUAUGAGGCAGCCUCACCCGCCGAGACGACGCUCGCGGCGGAGGAGGAAGUGCUGAUCGUCGCGCAGGAGGACGAAAACUGGUGGCAUGUAGACCGAGGGAGCAGCGUCCUUCUCGCGCCGGCCACAUACCUGGAACUCUUGACCUCUACGCAAACAGUCCCGCCUUCCCUUGAUUCGAAGCUCGCUGCGGCCCGUGGGACGCCCACGCUCGAAUCUUCUACGGUAGACGACGAUGAGAAUGACUCGGAGUAUUCGGAGACUGGCUGGACAUCGAGCGAGGCCGAGAAUGACGAGGAUGGCGAGGAAGAGUCAGAUGAAGCGCGGCAACAGAGGACGCUAGAGCAAAUCCAGGUGCUGCAUGCCGCGGGCUUGCUGGUAUCUGCUGAAGAUUCCAGGCCUGAUCCAGACGGUACGGCUGCCAAGUCAAAGCCAGACGUUCCUGAUCGUCUGCUCAAGCGUCGUAAGACGAAGAAAGCAAGACCUGAGCGGCCUCACCGCGGUUCAUCCACACGUAGACUCAAAGCUGCUCCUGAACGGCCUCUACCUCCACCCCCAGCUCCAGCGGAAACAUUGGAGGAUGCAUACGAUCGGUACGUGCGGAUGUCGCAGGAAGCGGCAAAUCGACAUCCCCAAGCCUAUGUAGCGAUGCCAUCGACCCCGUCGCUCAGCUCCCCAUCAAUCUCGAGUCCGGCUCGUGUCGAGACACCCGACUCACCUGGAGAGACGCGCAGCCCAGGUCUGCUGCAUGCAAUCAAGAGCAUGUCGCGGCCGCGCUAUAGCGCGCCUCCGUCAGAGCGGCGUACGACGCCGACCAUCUCUAGCCCGAUCUCUAGCCCGCAGGCGAUGAAUAGCACGGCGCCAAGUCAAGCUUCAGGCAUGAUGGGCGAAGAGGCGACCUCGCUGAGUCCGUCGCUGAGUCCAUCUUUAGGAACAGCAAACGGCGGUGCAUCAUGGUCGGAUCUCGUGGGGGCACCGGCCCUGGAUAUGAUACCUGAGCGCGAGCGCAAGCGCCAAGAAGCGAUCUUUGAAUUCAUUCUAACGGAGAACUCGCAUGUCCGCGACAUGCAGAUUAUCGUAGAGGUCUUCUUCAAUUCCAUGCAGUCGCUCCUGAGCACGAAAGCGAGCACGGUCAUCUUUGCGAAUAUUGAAGACGUGCUGCUGGCCGCUGCGUCUUUACUGUCAGAUCUUGAAGACCGUCAGCGCGAGAGCAGGCUGUACAUCGAUCAAAUCGGGGAUGUCCUCGAAAAUCACAUGCCGAAUAUGCAAGCCUAUCUACCGUACUGCGUCAACCAAUCGUCAGCAGCCGAAAUCCUUGCAUCAGAGCGUCGACGCGAUCCGACUAUUGAGCAGCGCCUGCAAAGUUUGCGUGAAAUGCACCCGUCGGCGCGCAAAAUGGACCUUUCCAGUUUCCUUUUAAUACCCAUGCAAAGAAUCACGCGCUACCCGCUACUGCUAGAACACAUUUUACGCUACACCGACGCGGAUCAUGCAGACCACGCAGCCGUUCGAACUGCUCUGGGCUCUGCGCAUGCCAUUCUGAAUGAAACGAAUGAGGCGAUCCGAGAACAAGAGACCACGGAAGAAUUGAAGCGAUUGAGCGAGUGCUUGUUCAUCGGCCAAGCGCGCCUCGAUCUGACCAAACCGACGCGCUUCAUGGGGCCUCGCCGCAUCCUCAAAUCCGAGUACCUCUCCAAGGCGAAAUCGGGGCGCAAGCUGCGGGUCCUCCUGUGCAACGACAUGGUCCUGCUCCUGCUGGCAGGAGCGAGCAGCCACACUCAGACUCUGAGCAACGGCACAGAAAGUGGCAAUGCGCAGCUAUACCACAUGCCAUUUUCAUUGGAGGAGAUCAGCGUGCGCGAGCUGGUAGGAAAGCUGAGUGGACGGGACGAGAGUGGGUUCACCAUCGUGCACCAUGCGCGCAGUAGCAGCAGCAGUGCAGCUGGCGGCAAGUACGAAAAGGUCAGCUUACGCGCCAGCUCUCCGCGUGCUGCAGCUGCUUGGGUCAAGGCACUCGAAGCAGCGCGUGCAGAGGCAAUUUCUGCUACGCAGGUGUUCUUGCAGUGAGGCCUGCAAGCAUCGAUAGGUGUGGUUGCACCAGUGCGGAUCAGUAGGAUGUGUAACGCGUCAGCACAGAUAUCUGCACCAUGCAGAUGGCGUAUUGUAGAUGCAAUCGCCCAAGAAUGCUAUUGUC